CAUCUACUGACCAAACAGAGUUCACUGCCCGACCAGCACCACCGUGCACAUACGUCGGCGCUACCCCUUCACAGCUAUGGUAACACCUUCGCCAUCUAUCGACUUCAUCAUUCCCGGACUAAGUUGCCUCUUAUCAGAAGCAUUGGUCACCGCAGCCGAUCACUGCCACGACAUGCGCGAGAACCAACACAUGUGCAUUCACGUCUGCGACCGCCUGCAUGGAAUCCUUCGGCAAUUCUCAGAUACCAACGAUAAUAGCCGGGGCCAUUUCGGCGACAUCGUCACGAGUUUUGUCAACUUUUUAUUGAAACGCUCCGAAUUGAGUUUCAUUAAACGUUUAGCGAACAAUCGGAAGGUGGAGGAGACAAUUCUCAGUUUCCAUGAAGACAUCGACAGGUUGCUGCUGUCGAUGGAAAAGAACCUAGCGGACUGGAGACAGCAGUGGAUGAUCGACCGACAAAACACAUUGGAGGAGUUUGAGGCUCUAGCGAACAAUAAUCAGGUCUUAACAGCGGAGAAGGGCAGCACCAGCUUCAUGGAAGGCCUCUUCAUGCUCAAAUUUGAGCUGAACUAUAAAGCGGACAAGUACAGGACUGAUGCCAUAGCAGAGCACCAUUUACAAUUGAUGCGACGCACACUCAAUAAGCUGCUUCGAAUGUCCAACGUGAAGUUGCCAGCCAUCCCCGAGUGGUUCAUCCCCAGAGACGACGUGGACUUUAACGCUAACAUGUCGUUCGACUGCGGCUCGUACGGGUCGGUGCAUCGCGGUAUGUGGUCUAAAGGGGCAACUGGGGGCAAAGGAGCCAAAGUAGUGAUCAAGUGUCUACUGGUGGACAACGAUGCAGCCAAGGAGUCCUUCUACAAGGAGAUGGACGUAUGGAGACAACUGGAUCAUCCACAUGUCCUCAAGUUCUACGGCGCAUGCCACGUGAGCUCACCCGCUUUCUUUGUAUGCGAUGACGCGACUCACGGCAGCUUCGGUGAGUUCUUUGAGGAAGACAAGAGUCAAAUGUGGCGGCUGUUCUACGAGGCAGCACUUGGCUUAGGAUAUCUACAUACCAAGAAGGUUGUGCAUGGAGAUCUCAAAUGCAACAACCUGCUCGUGGGUAGCGACUACAAGGCCAAACUCUGCGACUUUGGCUUCUCGUAUGUUCGCAGUCAGUCUGUGGGGUUGAGCGCCAAGUCGCAGACGGAAGCUAUUCGCUGGAAGGCGCCCGAGUGUCUGAUGCCUCCCGAUGAGGACCCAAAGCCACAAUUUAACCCACGCUUCGCUUCCGACGUUUACUCACUCGGUAUGUGUAUUAUUGAGGCAUUUCUGGGUGAGGCUCCGUACGGUAUAAUGGACGACGACGAGAUCAUGACGAGGCUGUUCGAUCAGGAGCCGUAUCCUCGUCCUGGUGGUAUGAAAGACGAUGAGUGGACUCUAGUUGAGAAGUUGAUUCAACCAGACUGGACGAAGCGCAUUUCGUUGGCAGAUGCUAUCGAUGAGUUGAAAAGAUUUGCAGAUCGAGAGGAAGAGCAGAGUGCAAGGACAGCAGCGACGAGGGAAUGCUCGACGUGUGAGGCCAGUAUGCCUAUUGAGUUCGCUUUCUGCGGGAAUUGUGGCACGUCCAUGACGAGGGCGGAUGAAACAAGUCAAGCAGCGGCGGCAUCAGCGCAACAAAAGAAUGCUUGUCCAAGAUGCGAGGAGAAUGUGGUGUCAACGGACCAUUUCUGCCGCCACUGCGGCUGUUGCUUGGACGCCGGCCCCGGGUUUUUUUUGUUGACCAAAAAAUCUUUUUGCGUUGGUGUUUACGUAGUUUGUAGGAUUCGCACAGCACUUGUAUAAACAUCCAGUAUUUGAUCUUGGAAAAGGAAGAACUAUUAGAUGAGUAAAUAAUCUCGACGGUUUAAGCCA